CACAGGUGUCAUUUUAGCCACACAAGUUUGUGAUGCAGUUUGGGAAAUGUCAGAUUAUUGAAUUAUCUAAUAAUGACGAAACUUGCCACCAUAGUUGGCUAGCAAUGCUUUUGGCAAAGGCACCACAGAGCAGGUGGAAUAGCAAUAUCUGACAGCAUCUGUAACUUUACUACUUUUGGAAAGAAGCAAAACCAAGACUAAAAUGGAGAGGAAGAUCCUUGAGUUCCUGAGGCAAAAUGGCAGAAGCAAGGCACAGACAAUUUCUGAAGCAGUCAAACAAAAUAAAUCCAUGGUGAACAGACAUUUGUACAGGCUACAGACAUUAAAUCAUGUGUUCAGAACUAAAGGAAAUCCUCCUUUAUGGGAUCUUACAGAGAAGAUGAAUGCGAUCAAACCAGAGCAAAAGUCUCAGAUGAGAAACAUUCAGAUUGAAUCAAGAGUACAAGACUGCAGACUGGCCUCAGAUUCAGAGUUCUCUAAAUCAAUUGAAAUGAUAACGCAGAUUGCUAAAGGAGGCUAUGGUUGCAUUUAUAAAGUGAAACAUAAACUUGAUGGCAAGUUCUACGCUUUAAAGCAAGUCAAGUUAACUGGGAAAGCUGAUUCUGAGGUGAAGGCAUUGGCUGAGCUAGAUCACCCAAACAUAGUACGUUACAUUACAUCUUGGCUUGGUCCUGACAUCUGGAUGUCAAACCAAGAUAGAAACACAUCAGGUCCUUCAUCAGACGUAGUGACUUUUGAGAGAGCUGGCUGUGAAGAAACAGAUUACAGUGAUGAUGACAAUGAGGAUGACGAUGAUGAUGAUGACGAUGACGAUGAUAACAACACAUCAGGAAUGGAAAGUCUAGGUGCAACAACAGAUGAAUCAAGUGUACAAGACUGCAGACUGACCUCAGAUUCAGACAGCAGGACAUAUUUAUUCAUUCAGAUGGAGUUCUGUGAGGGAGGAACACUGACUGAUUGGAUACAGGCAAAAAAUGAUCUGAAAAAAUUCAUAACUACAGUAGAAAUCAAUGAAAUAUUUUAUGAAAUUAUCACUGGAGUGGAAUUCAUCCAUGCAAACAAUCUCAUCCACAGAGAUUUAAAGCCUGAUAACAUACUGUUCAGAGCUGAUGGCAAAGUGAAGAUUGGAGACUUUGGACUUGUGGCAGCUCAGACUGAUCAAAAUGGUGACCCUAUAAAGAGAUCAAAAAGAAAAGGAACACCAACUUAUAGAAGUCCUGAACAGGAAAAUGAGAGGAAAUAUGAUGAAAAAACAGACAUUUUUCCCCUUGGACUCAUAUGGUUUGAGAUGCAGUGGAAGAUAUCUACUGGUAGUGAGAGAGCAGAGCUGUGGCCAGAUCUGAGAAGUCAAAGGUUUCCAGCAGGGUUCAGUGACAAAUAUCCAACUGAAGAACAAAUCAUUAAGAAGAUGCUGUCCUGCACACCAGAGCACAGGCCACAUGCAAAAGACAUCAAAGAAAAACUUGACAUGUUUUUCUCUCUGGAAGAGCAUCUGAAGUUUUUGUCUUUGCGUUGAAACUAUCAGUGCAGAGACUUCCAGUUAAGCCACGCAGCAGAUGGAAAACAGAAAAAGAUAUAAAACUGACGAAGAUGGAGGGGGCAAAAAAUGACGGAGAUCAAGAUGGCAACCCAAAGAUUUCCACUGACGCCAGAGUUUUCUACCCUUCGUUUUGCUCUUAAAGAUGACAUGUCUGAUUUCUGACAGAAAAUUAAGGAUAAAAUCAGUAAUGAUUUGAUAGAGUUCAAAGAAGAAAUCAACUGAAAGCUUAAUGAGGCGAUAAAAACUCUACAAUCAACAUCUAAAAGACUGAAAGACUAGAAUCAGUGAUCAGCAACACCUUGAAAAUACAAGAAGAUAUGCAAGCAAAGUUAUCUGAUUACCUGAAAGCCACACCUGAUGAAAUAAUAUACGUAGGGGAGAGUAUGUAUCUUGGCAACUGUACACUUUUACUGUCAUGUGACCAUGUAUUUUGGAAUCACACAAUCAUUUCUGCCAGACUGUGAAAAGGAGAAACACAUGGGAGGAGUGGAAGGCACCCAUUUACUCUAAAAACAGUUUUUGACUUGUCAAAGUAAAAUUUUAGCAUAACGGGCUAUUACAUCAAAGCAAAUUUAUCCAGGUCUAAAAAUAUUUAUGUUGCAUAUAGGUGAUUAAGCAACAUAUAAAACCACUUUUUUUUAUAAGUUGUUAUAUUUUUAGAACCCCUUGUCAUAGAUACAUUAUGAUUAUUUAAAAUUAUAGGAAACAUCCUGAAAUUACUUUACUUUCAUUGUACUUCUGCCUCAUUUUAUCUUACCUUGAGGACCACAUAAGUAAAAAAUGGCUCGUCUUAUCCCAUUUUCCCCCUAUCUAUGGAAUAGGCUACCUGAGGGAUGUGAAGGAAGAAAUGUGACCAAAUUCAUUGCCGAAUUCAUCAAGUCUGAACAGAGCUCUCUACAAGACACAGAUCUGCAAAUACAGGGAGCUCAUAGAGCAAUCAUUCUUAAACCAAAUCAGGAAGUGCGACCAAGAUCAUUGGUCAUCUACUUUCAGAUGUAGUAGGGUCCUAUACUGACCUGCAAGUGUUGAAGAUAUAUCAGGAAUAUAAAAUAAUGUUGCUCAAUGUCAGUGGGUUGCAUAAUAUGGUGAAAAAGAGUAGAGCUAAAGCUAAAAUUAAUGUGUGUUUACGGUGUGUGUCUGUGCUCACUACACACUGCUAUGUGUGUGCAAUUAGAUGAGUUAAAUGCAGAGCACAAUUCUGAGUAUGGGUUACCACAUAUGUCACAUCACUUUCACUUUCACUUCAAGAGGGAAAAAACAAAUAUUAUUUUCUGGCAAGAAACUAUGGAAGCUGUGUAAGGGUCUGCUUUAUUUAAACCUGCUAGGCGGAUGACGUAAGAGAAGGGUACGGGGCCCUAAAUAUAAAUGUAUGGAUCUUGGGAGUAUGACGUAGCAGAAUGUAUUUAUCUGACUCUUACUAUGUGUGGAAAGUUACCAGUUAGGAGAUGUAACCUUGAAGGCUGGGGGAGAGAUAUAAGUUGGCGUGAGCCCUCCCUUCUUGGUUGCACUCUGCAGCAACCUGUGUUUCUGUAUGACUGUCUGACCUUCUUUGCAAAGA